CUGGUUUGCCUAGCCUUUGGAUGCUGGAGUAGUACUCGGGUUACUGGCGAUCAGUGACUGCGUGCCGGAUCCCGGCAGCUCCACGCUGCGAUGCAGGUCUCCAGUCUCAACGAGGUGAAGAUUUACAGUCUCAGCUGCGGCAAGUCUCUCCCUGAGUGGCUUUCUGACAGGAAGAAGCGAGCACUGCAGAAGAAGGAUGUGGAUGUUCGCAGGAGAAUUGAACUUAUUCAGGACUUUGAAAUGCCUACUGUAUGUACCACUAUCAAGGUGUCAAAAGAUGGACAGUAUAUUUUAGCAACUGGAACAUACAAGCCUCGAGUCCGGUGUUAUGACACCUAUCAGUUAUCCUUGAAGUUUGAAAGAUGCUUGGAUUCAGAAGUUGUCACCUUUGAGAUUUUAUCAGAUGACUAUUCGAAGAUCGUCUUCUUACAUAACGACAGAUACAUUGAAUUUCACUCACAAUCAGGUUUUUAUUACAAAACCAGAAUUCCCAAGUUCGGCCGAGACUUCUCUUACCACUACCCGUCCUGUGACUUGUACUUUGUAGGUGCAAGCUCGGAAGUUUAUAGAUUAAACUUAGAACAAGGGCGGUACCUGAAUCCUCUGCAAACGGAUGCCGCGGAGAACAAUGUUUGUGACAUAAAUACAGUACAUGGAUUGUUCGCCACAGGAACAAUAGAGGGCCGAGUGGAAUGCUGGGAUCCAAGAGUAAGAAGCAGAGUUGGAGUGUUAGACUGUGCAUUAAGUAGCGUCACAGCGGACUCAGAGAUCAACAGCUUACCCACCAUCUCUGCAUUGAAGUUUAAUGGCGCCUUGAACAUGGCAGUUGGAACGUCUACAGGGCAGGUUCUGUUGUAUGACCUCCGUUCGGAUAAGCCGCUGCUAGUUAAGGACCACCAGUACGGGCUGCCCAUCAAGUCGGUUCAUUUCCAGGGUUCCCUAGAUUUGGUUUUGUCUGCAGACUCCAGAAUUGUCAAAAUGUGGAACAAGGAUUCCGGGAAAAUAUUUACUUCAUUGGAGCCAGAACAUGACCUUAAUGAUGUUUGCCUCUAUCCCAACUCCGGGAUGCUUCUUACUGCCAGUGAGUCCCCCAAGAUGGGCAUCUACUACAUUCCGGUCCUGGGUCCUGCUCCCAGGUGGUGUUCCUUCCUGGACAACCUGACAGAAGAACUGGAAGAAAACCCAGAGAGCACAGUGUACGAUGACUACAAGUUCGUCACCAAGAAGGACCUUGAAAAUUUAGGGCUCACGCAUCUCAUUGGAUCACCUUUCCUGCGAGCAUACAUGCAUGGGUUCUUCAUGGAUAUCAGACUCUACCACAAAGUGAAAUUGAUGGUCAAUCCAUUUGCUUAUGAGGAAUAUAGGAAAGAUAAAAUUCGACAGAAGAUAGAAGAAACACGCGCACAGAGAGUCCAGUUAAAGAAACUGCCAAAAGUUAACAAAGAACUGGCACUUAAGUUAAUUGAAGAGGAAGAGGAGAAACAAAAGUCUACACUGAAAAAGAAAGUCAAGAGCCUCCCUAAUAUCCUCACAGACGAUCGAUUUAAAGUUAUGUUUGAGAACCCCGACUUCCAGGUGGACGAGGAAAGUGAAGAGUUCAGGCUUCUCAACCCACUCGUCUCGAGGAUUAGUGAGAAGAGGAAGAAGCAGCUGAGACUCUUGGAGCAGCAGGAACUUUCCAAAAAUGAAGAGGAGGAAGAACCGGAAGGAAAACCCAGCGAUGCAGAAAGUUCAGAGAGCUCAGAUGAUGAAAAAGACUGGGUUGAGGAAGUCAGGAAGCAGCGCAGACUGCUGCAGCAGGAGGACAGAGUGAAGUGGCAGCAGCAGCUGAGGGAGGACCAGCAGACGGUCCUGAAGCCUCAGUUCUACGAGAUCAAAGCAGGAGAAGAGUUCAGAAGCUUCAAAGAGUCCGCCGUCAAGCAGAGACUGAUGAACAAAACUCUUGAAGAUCGUUUGAAACUUGAAGCAAAGCACGGGACUUUGAGUGUGUCGGCCACCACUGUUGGCAGCAAGCAGUUGACAUUUACUCUCAAGAGGUCUGAACAGCAAAAGAAGCAACAGGAGGCCGAGAAACUGCAUCGCCAGGAGAGGAAAAAGCUGCGUCGGUCUGCUGGCCACCUGAGGUCCAGACCCAGAAGAGGCCGGCCCUUUCACUGACCAGAGAAGUGUGCCAGUGCUCGGCUAGGAAACAGCGUUUCUCCCGUGGAUUCUCACAAAGGCGUCAUACCCAGGCGAGGGAAUAUGCUAAUUCAACCUCCACAUAGAUGUGUGUGCAUGGUGCUGGUGGUCUGACCUGGGCCCCAUCCAGCUUGGGUAGUCCUGAGUGCUUUUUCUAAGUUGUUACCCUCUAAAAUACUGUCCUCUCCCCUGGAGAAGCUCAGGGGAAGCAGGCAUCAUGUCUAA